AUGUCCUUAUUUGGGAGCAUUCUGAGUCUGCAGGAUGCAAUUAAUCGAUUGCCGCAGUUUGAACAUCAGAUAAACCGAUUAGAGAAAGAUCAACAAGACUCGUCGUCAAGAGCCAGUUUACGGAAGCAUUUUGUGAGGCGGUGCUUGGAAUUGCACAAACAGCUCGACGAUCAUCGAAAUCGAAUUGAAAAGAUCCGAAACGAAGGUGCCUAUAAAAAAGGAAACGCUAUUGAACAAGUGGAAAAAUUGAAACAACGUUUGUCUCUUUUGUGUCCAGAAAAAGAGCCUAAUUCGAUUUCGAUAAGUGUUGAUUCUGAGGAAGAAAAAUCGGAUCUGUCGAAAUUGAGAUCUAACGAUCAGCGUCGAAAAAGUGUAAUGUAUGAUGCUGACGAUUCUCAGGAGGAUUCUGAUAACGAAUCAAAAAUAAUUGAAACCGAUGUCAACUUGGAUGGAGCAGCAGUGCCAUCUACAGUGAUCCAACCACCACCUCAGCCGAAACCACGACAACCAAUUGCUAUAACUCAACCUUCUCUGGCUCCAACAAUCGCUGAAAGAGAUAGAGUUGAAAGUGAAAUCAGGAGAUACAUCUCAAUUCAUGGGCCUGUGAUAGUUCAGGGAAAUGUCUUUGUGGCAUUUGAUAAUUGGGAUCCCGAGGCAGAAGGAGAUUUGAGAUUGGUGAAAGGAAUGAAGUAUAGGAUAACACAGACAAGAGCAGAUGGCUGGUGGACAGCGUUGGAUGAAAAUGGACAGAGAGGAUUAGUUCCCAAAACAUAUUUGCAGCAUUUAAAAGAAAGACCAAAGACUGUGCAAUCAAAAGUAUCCAGCCGUCUUGGUGUCCGCGAUUCCGUCAUUGCUCUAACUACUACUACAACGAAUACUCCUAAUACAGCUAGAAGAGACGAUUCAAAAAGACAAAGUCGUCAGAAUGAUUGUCUCGGAAAAGCAUUUGACGAUGACAUUCAUCUAUCUCUAGUAUGUCAUAUGGCUCCACGACUCUCUACUUCAAACAUUGGAUUCCAUGAUCUCUUCUGGAGUCCUGAAAAAGAUCAAGUCUUUAAAAGAACCAUACACAUUUCCAAAAUCAUUCGUCUUGUUCGAUUUGAGAAAAUGCCACUGCUAGAACACAAAGCCCUGGUUCGAAUGGCUCUCGUAGACAUUACAAACCCGAAAUCCACUCAAGUUGUCAGCAAUGUUCAUACUCUUGUGCCCCGUGUCAAAGGUUCUAUUUGGUCAUUCGAGAAAAAAGAGAUCAACACUAGGAGUUGCAUUGAAUUCUCUGACUUUGUGCUCCGAUCCAACUACAGUGCUCCUACAGUAGUCCUAGUAAUUGAAGCAUCUCACAUCGUUAAAACCACAAUUGGAUUCGAGGAAAAGAGUCUUGGACACACAUAUCUUCGAUUGAUAAUUGAUGAUAAGGCAGUACCGAGUAGAACGAAUGUGCUGUAUCUGGAUGAUGAGAUAAUGUCAAAAAUGAAGAUUCCGGAAGCUUCUAAAAAGAGAGUAAUGGUUCAAGUUAUGGAUGUACCAAAAGACAAAAUAUCAUAUGUCGAUUCAUUGCCUGACGUCAUCAUUUUCAACGCUCUCUAUUUACCAUUCUUCCAUUAUUACCGUCGAAGAGCAGGAACCAUUCUGAUAAGAGACAACAAGAACUCUUUGAGUGCUGAAUAUGUAUCCGACCCUCUCCUAUCCGUUUUUCCAUUCAUUUGUGAUCAACAUGACAUAAUGGAUGUAAUGCUAAAAUUGUGGAAAGCCAAAAAGAAACUACUCGCCAAAAAAACCGAAGCUGAACAAACUGCCGAAUUCUUUCAAACUUUUGUUCAUACUGCAUUUUUCAUUCGGGGAAUCCAAAUGAUUUCUUAUGAUAUCAAAGAUGAUGUGGCACUUUCUAUCCGACACCAGACAUUUCUCCCAAUAAUCGACGCUCUUAAUAAGGGCCUUUUCAAGCAGUUCAUCGCAAACCAAAAGUGUCUACCGGUCAAUAUCCUGGACUAUUCUUUGGACCUUCUAGGAUCACAUUCGAUUGACUGA